AUGCCUAAUGGUAGUAUGGAGAAGUGGUUGCAUCUAAAUGUAGAUGAACAACCUCAACAGAGGAGUUUGAAUCUUACGCAAAGGCUAAAUAUAGCCAUUGAUGUUGCUUCGGCAUUAGAUUAUCUUCAUCAUCAUUCCCAAACACCGAUCGUUCAUCGUGACCUAAAACCAAGCAAUGUUCUUCUUGAUGAUGAUAUGGUUGCCCACGUGGGUGACUUUGGUUUAACAAGGUUCCUCUCUGAAGCUGCAGAAGGUUUCUCCCAAAAUCAAACCACCACAUCUGGGAUUAAAGGAUCUACUGGGUAUAUUCCUCAAGAGUAUGGGAUGGGCGGUAAGGCGUCCACAUAUGGAGAUGUAUACAGUUAUGGGAUCCUUCUACUUGAGAUGGUUACCGGAAAGCGGCCAACUGAUGACAUGUUUAAGGACAAUCAGAGCCUUCAUCACUUUGCAAAGUCGACUUUUUCAGAACAAGUAAUGGAGAUUAUAGAUCCAAGACUUCAAUUAGAAGAUGCUGAAGCUAUUCAAGACGGUGAAAAUCAUUACAAUUUGAGAAUUAGAAUGCAUGAUUGCUUGGUUUCAUUGGUCAGUGUUGGUUUAUCAUGUUCUGCAGAAUCGCCAAAGGGACGAAUGAAGAUGAAAGACGUUGUCAUCGAAAUGGAUAUAAGCUUCAAUAUUUUCAUUAGUUCGCUCCCACCUCAACUGGGGAAUUUAGAAAGUCUGCAACAAUUGAAUAUAAGCUACAAUAACUUCAAUAAUUCACUCCCACUUGAACUGGGGAAGUUGGCGAGUCUGCGACUACUGAGGUCCUGGAGACGGACAAAAUCCUUAUCCAACUGGUUUUCGUUGCCCAAGCGGGCCAGCCCAUCUGCUACUCUAUUAGCUUCCUUCAUGACAUGCUGA